CCCUCUUUUUCUCGCUCGUAGUUGUUUUUUCUUCCUCUGUGUGUGUGUGUGUGUGUGUGUGUGUGCUGAAUUCCCCGCAGAUCCGGCCUGGAAGUUCCCAGCUCCUGGAGUUAAGCCUCUUUGUUGGUUCCCUUCGUUUGGGGCAUCUUUGUGUUUCCCCUGCCUGCUCCACUGGAGACCGUGGAAUCAGCUAUCGCACAUCCACUGCAUCCCCGGAGGCAGCUUAUGGGACCCUUCCCUGGGCGCCCCAAGACACACCGCAUGGGAUGGCAAUGACACGUGGAAGGAAGAGGCUCAUGUCCCCCAUCCCUUGCCUGAUCCUUGCAGCUGCCAGCUGUUUUGCUGAACUGAGUGAAUCUCUGCAUGUCACAGUGCAACCUGCCUCUACUGUCCAAAAGCUUGGAGGCCCAGUCAGCCUGGGGUGUGUGGUGGACCCCCCUGGAGUGAACCUCACGUGGAGACUGAACGGGAAGGAACUGGCUGGAUCGGAUGAGGUGUUAGGUAUCCACAUCGAGCAAGGGAAGCUUGUCAUCAUGGCUCUCAACAACCACACCGUGGGGCGAUACCAGUGCAUUGCUUGUGUGCCCGAAGGAGUCAUUGCCAGUGUCCCUGCAGUGGUCACAUUAGCUAAUCUCAAAGAUUUCAAGUUUGAUGGCCAGCACGUGAUCGAGGUGGAUGAGGGCAACACAGCUGUGAUCGCCUGCGACCUGCCUGAAAGUCACCCCAAGGCGCAGGUCCGCUACAGCGUGAAACAAGAGUGGCUAGAGGCCUCCCGAGAUAAUUAUCUUAUCAUGCCAUCUGGAAACCUCCAGAUCGUCAAUGCCAGCCAAGAGGAUGAGGGCACUUACAAAUGUGCUGCCUACAACCCUGUGACACAGGAGGUGAAAACCUCUGUCUCCAGUGAGAGGCUCCGUGUGAGACGCUCCACAGCAGAGGCAGCCCGGAUCAUCUACCCCCCUGAAGCUCAGACCAUCAUUGUCACCAAGGGCCAAAGUCUCAUCCUGGAGUGUGUGGCAAGCGGGAUUCCGCCACCGCGUGUCACCUGGGCCAAAGAUGGCUCCAGUGUCUCUGCAUACAACAAGACACGCUUCCUGCUCAGCAACCUCCUUAUUGACCCCACGAGUGAGGAGGACUCGGGCACCUACAGCUGCACAGCUGACAAUGGGGUUGGAGAGGCUGGAGCUGCAUUCAUCUUCUACAAUGUGCAGGUGUUUGAGCCCCCAGAGGUCACCAUGGAGUUGUCCCAGCAAAUCAUUCCCUGGGGCCAGAGUGCCAAGUUCACCUGCGAGGUGCGAGGGAACCCACAGCCCUCUGUUAUGUGGCUGCGCAAUGCCGUCCCUCUCUCCGCCAGCCACCGUCUCCGUCUGUCUCGCCGGGCACUGCGGCUCAUCAGCGUGGGGCCCGAAGACGAGGGCAUCUACCAGUGCAUGGCAGAGAACGAGGUGGGCAGCGCGCAGGCCAUGGUGCAGCUGAAGACAGCCCGGCCUGGAGCUACACUCAAACCUGGGCGAGAUGCCCAGCUGGGCUCAGCUCAGCCUUCAACACCACCUUCCAGAGACAGUGCCUUAAAGCUGCCCCUGGAUAAAGCUGUACUGCUGAAGCCUGAGACAACUCCACUGGCAGCAUCUCCUCAGUGUGCAGUCAACUCAGAGCUCGUGUCUCCAGCCGAGGCUCCCAUCAUCCUCAGCUCUCCCCGGACAUCUAAGACGGACAGCUAUGAUCUGGUGUGGCGACCUCGGCCUGACAGCAGAGCCCCCAUCCUCUAUUACGUGGUGAAGCAUCGCAAGCAGGUCACCAAUGCCUCGGACAGCUGGGCAGUUAAGGAUGUCCCAGCCUCACAGCACCGCCUGACCCUCACCAGGCUGGACCCUGGAAGCCUUUAUGAGGUGGAGAUGGCUGCUCACAACUGUGCCGGCGAGGGACAGACAGCCAUGGUGACCUUCCGGACUGGUAAAGGCCGGCGCCCAAAGCCAGAGAUUGUUGCCAGCAAAGAGCAGCAAAUCCAGAGGGAUGACCCUGGCACAAGCACUCAGAGCAGUAACCAGUCCGACAACAGCCGUCUGUCCCCUCCAGAAGCACCAGACCGUCCUACCAUUUCCAUGGCAUCAGAGACCUCUGUGUACGUGACCUGGAUCCCCCGUGGGAAUGGGGGGUUCCCCAUCCAGUCUUUCCGUGUGGAAUACAAGAAACUGAAGAAGUUGGGAGACUGGGUCCUGGCCACCAGCAACAUUCCUCCCUCUCGCCUCUCUGUAGAAAUCCCAGGCCUGGAGAAAGGCACGUCCUAUAAAUUCCGUGUCCGUGCGCUGAACAUCCUGGGAGAGAGCGAGCCUAGCGCGGCCUCCCGGCCAUACGUGGUGUCUGGGUACAGCAGCCGCGUCUACGAGCGCCCUGUGGCGGGGCCCUACAUCACCUUCACAGACGCCAUCAACGAGACCACCAUCAUGCUGAAGUGGAUGUACAUCCCAGCCAGCAACAACAACACUCCCAUCCAUGGCUUUUACAUCUACUACCGCCCCACUGACAGUGACAAUGACAGUGACUACAAGAAGGAUGUGGUGGAAGGAGAUCGUUACUGGCACUCCAUCAGCCACCUGCAGCCAGAGACCUCCUACGACAUUAAGAUGCAGUGCUUCAAUGAGGGUGGUGAAAGCGAGUUCAGCAACGUGAUGAUCUGUGAAACCAAAGCUCGGAAAUCCCUUGGUUUGCCAGGUCGUCUUCCACCCUCUACAGUGGCCCCUCAGCAGCAUCCUCCACUCAGUGGUGGGCACAGUGGCCUGGGGACAGGAGCCAUGGUGGCCCGUUCCAGUGAUCUGCCGUACCUGAUUGUAGGCGUUGUGCUGGGCUCCAUCGUACUCCUCAUUGUGGCUUUCAUUCCCUUUUGCCUUUGGAGAGCAUGGUCCAAGCAGAAGCAAACCAUUGACAUGGGCUUCCCAGGAGCUGGGCUGCUGGUAUCAUCCUGUCAGUACACCAUGGUGCCUCUGAGGGGCAUCUCUGCUUCUCGUGCCAGUGGACAUCCCUAUGUUAAUGGACAGCCCUAUGCCAAUGGGGCACAUCUGAAUAGCAUCUGCCCCUCCGCAGGAGUGGGAUAUGCCACCACGAAGCCUCAAGAUUACAGCCCAGAUGAGAUGCCUAUGUCACACGAGGAGACCAGUGCUUUGCUGCAGGCCAGAGUGCUGCAAAAUGGGACUGCCCAGCAAGACUACCAGCCCUCCAGCUCAAGAACAGAAGACAGCUCUUUCCUCUACAGUCUUCCAGAUGAUUCCACUCACCAGCUUCUCCAGCCACAAGAUGACUGUCCUUACCUUCAAGAGCAUUUUGUUGGCCUCCAUCAUCCAGUGAUGAGCAGCAAAGUGGGAGGCCCUAGCCUGGAUGCUCAACAGGAUCCCCUGUUCCACCAAGGAAGCCCUUGCUGCCUGGGCCUAGUGCCAGUUGAAGAGGUAGAAAGACUAGAAUGCUGCCAGUCCAGAGGAGAUCUCCAUCCCCAGAAUCCAGUGAUCACAUCUUUGGGUCAGGACCUACCAAGACAUCUGAACAAAAACCCACCACCACUGAGGCCCUUAGAGACUCAUUCUCCCACCAGCUAGGGACUAAGCAGCCUUUGCAAAAGACUUUAAAGAGAAAAAGAGAAUGAGUAUUUAUUUUUGUAUAACACCCCUAUUUAUAUAUUUAUGCACUUGUAUAUAGAUGUAUAUGUGCCUUUUAUAACGUUAUGGAGACAGAAAGCAUCCUCAGCAAGGUCGCAGGAGGGUCCAGUAAACAAUGCAGCAGCUAUCCAUGGCACCAUGCUGGUCAUCAGAGCACAAGAUGGAAAGAGCAGCAAACGGACAUCGGGGACAUGGGGCCAGAGCUGCCACCACCAAGAUCUAGCACCCUCUUGCAGUGAGGGCUUCACAAAUAAACACGCUGUCAGAAAGAUCUUUUCUUCUCCUCCCCAGCAAGGUUUGUCCCAGGAGCACGAUCUUGUGAAUGGACUGGAGGAGCUAUGCACUCUGCCUAAUCACCUUACCCCUUCACGGACACGCCAUCUGCAUCCACCUAUCUGUAAAGACAAACCCACGCUUUAACAUUGCAAAUAAAGGCUUUAGUCUUUUCUC